AUGACAAUCGUCAACAAGGUCUUCAACAACAAGAAAAUAAUGCAAGAGACAGAAGGAACUCCAGAUGGAUCUGAGACAAACAAUGGAGUUGCAAAUCAAAACGGAGUCGAGGCGAUUCAAAAUGAUGGAGUUGUAAAUGAACAAGCAUUUGAUGAUGCCUUAAAAAAUUUGAUUGCUCAGCAAGUCAGUAAUGCUCUCCGUGCUUUUACUAGCCAGUUGCCAGUUGCGCCGCCAAUACCAACUCCGAACCAGAAUACAUUGGAAAACCCACGUUCUGGGCUCGUGCAUUCAGGCACUGGUGGAACUCUAAGCGAGUCUCGUGAUGGCAAACCAGGUAGUUCCGUGAACAUUAUUUUGCUAAGAGUACUAAGUGAGAUGCAAGAAGAAGAUAGACUGGUACCUAAGGCACAUACCCUGUCCGACUUCGAUAAUUCGAGCGUUGUGACAAAAGGAGAGGUAACACUUACAACAUUCGCAGAAGGAGUGGUAAAAGAAACGAAGUUUCAGGUAGUAGAGAUGGAAAUGGCUUACAAUAUAAUUCUCGGAAGACCGUGGAUUCACGAGAUGGAUGUUGUUCCAUCUACCUUGCAUCAAGUUAUGAAAUUCCCAUCACCAUGGGGAAUACGUCAAAUUCGUGGGGAUCAACAGACUUCCAGAAGCAUCAAUUUUGUAGCAGAUUCAAAUACAAAAAAAUGA